GUGAUAUUCAACCACUGUAGAUGUGGAAAGAGCACAGCAGCAACACAAAAACGCCCAAGGGGAAUUUUUGCAUCCAAACUUUUUUCCGUUUAGAUGAGACAUAGUCAAAAUAUAUUGUAGAGAGGAAGCAGUAGAAAUAAAUUGUGGAGAGGAUGCAGCAACAAAAAUGAAAGUACCUGACUGCACAAAGUAGUUUCUGUUGCUGUGGUUAGUUCCUUCCUUUGGUGGUGUUUCUCGGCUUGGAUGACGACUGACAUCUAAUCUCUGAAGUCCAACUCUAAUAGGCUGCUCGCUGUUGCAAGCAAUUAACAAAUACAAGAACGAGUCCAUCAGCGGAGGAGGAUGUCUAAACAGCCUGCUUUCCCCCGUACAUCCUUCCAGUUGCUUUGCAUUUUGGGUAUGACCUUGGCGGCAUCCGGCUUCCCUCAGCAGCCUCGAAUACCUCUCAGAAGUACUGAUGCUUCAGAAGAACCUAAACAUCAUGACUGGGACCUCCUCUUCCCUUCCUCCUCUCUCCGUGAUUGGAGCAUUCAAAUGAUGUCAGUGCCCAGCCUCAAAGCAGCAUCCGACAGCAAGGCGUGGCUCUUUGCCCCAGAGAGGGCAGACACAGGAAUGGGAAAGGCGUUGCCUGCUGAAUGGUCUUCUCAGCGAGACGGGGUGGUGAAGAGGAACAUGGUGGUUGCUGAUGACACGGCCUUCAGAGAGAAGAGCAAGCUCCUCACCUCCAUGGAGAGACAGAAGUGGCUCAACUCCUACAUGCAGAAACUACUGGUGGUUAAUUCUUCAUGAUAAUAUAGUCUAUUAAAAAAUAUUAAAAAAUAAAAACACUCUUUGAACCUUACAUUGGGAAAUUGCCUUUUAAAAGUGGUUUCACAAAUCCUCUGAAUUAUUGUUCAGUCAACAUACCAGACAAGAACGUAUGGUACACAUUUAAAGUCAGCUGUACCUUCUGCAUUCAAAUUGCCUAGGUUGAGCGAUAAAAUUCAACAUCUCUGUGUACUUUUAUUAUACAAAAAAAAGGAAAAGAAUAAAAAUAAAUAAAUAAAAAAAUCCUUUAAACUCA